AUGACAAAGCAUAUGACAAACGAACUCAGAAGAUCGGACUUCAUUGUCCUCCCCUUGCUGGCCACUGGCUUCGCAACCUACCAAAUCGACCGGACCAACAUCGCCAGCGCCCUAACAGGAGGCUUUGCCUCUGCCAUUUCCGUCGACCAGAAUACCAUCAAUCUCGGCAACCAGCUUCUCUUCCUCGGGGUCAUCCUCCUCGAGAUCCCGUCCAACAUGGCCCUCCAGCGAAUCGGUCCCCGCCGGUGGAUCAGCGCCCAGGUCUUCAUCUUCGGCCUCCUCGCCGCUCUCCAGAUCUUUAUCCGCGAUCGUACAGGCUUCCUCAUCACGCGGGCCGUGCUCGGCCUCACGGAAGCCGGCUACAUCCCUGCAGCGAUGUACACGCUCUCAACCUGGUACACAAACGCAAAACUCACAAAGCGCAUUGCGAUCUUCUUCUUCGGUAUGUUCGGGGGAGCAGCGAUAGCGCCCCUUCUGGGGGCGGCGUUGCUGAAGCUGGAUGGACGGGGCGGGCUGGCGGGGUGGAAAUGGAUAUUCCUGCUAGAAGGACUCUGGUCCAUUCUGAUGGCCCUCCUCCUCUUCACAGCCCUCCCCGAUCACCCCCCCAGCACCGGCACCAGCACCAGCACCCCAACCCACCGACAACCCCUCCCCUGGCCCCUCAUCUACAAAACCCUAACCAACACCGCCAAAUACCCGCACUUCCUCGCCACCGCGUGCGUCUUCGCCACCUGGAGCCCCCUCACCACCUACACCCCCAGUAUAAUUAUGGCGCUGGGCUUCUCCCGCGUCAUCGCCAACGCGCUCGCCGCCCUGGGCAACCUCCUCACCCUGCCCGUGAUUUUUGGUUUUGCCUGGCUGAGCACGGCAACCCACCGGCGCGGAAGCACCGUGCUUCUCGCGAUGGGCAGCUACCUCGUCGCGCUGGUUGUGCUCCGCACCGUGCAGCCGCACGUCACGAGCCGGUGGGGUCGGGUCGGGCUCUGGACGGCGGUGAAUGGGUUGGCAGUGGGGUAUCAUCCGGUGCAUAAUGCGUGGAUUCAGGUGAAUUGCUGCUGUCCGGGGGAGAGGAGUGUGAUUGUGAUGUCUGCUACCGCGGGAUUGAUGGCCGGGAGCCAGAUUUUCCAGGGGGAUGAGGCGCAUGCGUUUUAUCCGAUGGGGUUGUUGAUUAUGAUUCUUCUGGUCUUGGUAGGGAUGGUGUUGGUGGCGGGGCAGAUGGGUAUCUAUCGAUUUGCUGGGAGGGGGAAAUGCGAGUCGCAGGGAGGGGAUAUGGAUAUGUGCUGAGGAACACAUGGUGACAAUCUUAGAUAGAUGGUUAGUAUCUCUCGUGCUUCUUCUCGUGAUGGGUCCAGUUUGCCAGCAUAUAUGUACAGUAGCAUUAUCCGCACUAUUCCUGG